CUUUGAAACAGACGGACUGGUGCUGCAGCUGCAGUGAUGAGAUCGUUCAGGGCCUCAAUCUGACCGGAAGUUCCUUAUUUGGACUUCCUCGCUAUGUGCGGCUUGACGGCGCGGCGGGCUGUGCGGAAGUGCUUUCAUCCUGCGGGAGGAGAAGAAGAAGAAGAGGCUGCUCCUUCGUCUCCACAGUAAACCGUCCGCGGAGGACCUUUCGGAGCCUGGGAACCCCACAGCAGCAGCCCCUUCGCCGGCCUCCGGGACCCACGGGCGAUGGCGAGGCCGAGCCACAGCGAUCACGUCCUCCAGCAACUCAACAACCAGCGCGAGUGGGGCUUCCUGUGCGACUGCCUCAUCGCCAUCGGCGACAUCUACUUCCGGGCUCACAAGGCGGUGCUGGCGGCCUGCAGCUCCUACUUCAGGAUGAUGUUCAUCCGGGACCAGCAGGGGGCGGGCCGCCUGGACCUGAGCAACAUGCAGAUCAGUGCCGAGUGCUUCGACCUCAUCCUGCAGCUCAUGUACCUCGGGCGCAUCGUUGUGGGCAGUUACGAGUUUGAGGAGCUGAAAGCGUCCAUGGCAUACCUGCAGAUGUACUACAUCCCCGACUCGCUGGAGGACCUCAGGGACAUCAGGAGCUCCAACAUCACACCGUCCUCCUCUGCCUCCUCCUCCUCAUCCAGCUCCUCCGCCGGGCCUGCUGGCGGGAAGAUGAUGUUUGGCGUGCGCAUGUACGAACAGCAGCGGCCCGCCGCAACUGAAGGGGAGCGUCUGCCGAAGGCCGUCACUAGCAGCACGGGGCGUCCGGCUGUUCCUGCUGCAGUUGGCAGGCCAGCCACGACUGAAGAGGCGGCAACCGCUCCUCUGAUUGUGGCGGCGCCAGUUUCAGACGGAGCAGGCGAGCAACCGUGUGACCUGAGGAAGCGGUCGGGUGGCAGGAGUUCAACUCUGAAGGACCGCCCUAGGUUCGGUCGCACAUACACCUGCGACGACUGUGGCUUUGUGUUCAGCUGCGAGAAGCUUCUAAUCGAGCAUAUCCUCACCUGUACCAACCGCAAAGCCUUCCACCCACCCCGAGGCAACACUGAGGGUGACAACGACUCAAGUAAAGCAGAGAGCUCCGCCUCAGAGAGCGUGGAGGAGCACCGGGUCGUCUGUAAAGGCGAGGAUGACUGGCCUGAGGCCAAGACUGCCCGGUCAGUCCCAAGCGGACCAGACGGCGAGCCUGGGUCCACCAGGAGCAUCAAGACCGAACCAGAAGAGAGCAUGUUCCCUGAGAUCGAGGUAGUCCGUGUUGGCGAGCAUGCCGCCAGAGAUUUUAGCGCACGCUUCGGUGAUGCAGCACUGAGGGAGAAGACGCCAUCGGACCGCGAGCCCGAGCCCGGUGUCUCCGGUUUGGAAAACAGCAGCGAGCCUUUCGAAGGCAACGAUUCUGGCAUCCCCGCCAAGCUCCGGAAGGUCAAAGACGAGAAGCAGGACGCUGACGGCACGCCCUGCGAGGUGUGCGGCGCUCUGUUAUUGGAGGAGGACAAGUCCGCGCACUAUCUGUCCAACCACAUGGGGCACAUAUGUGCCUGCGGCAGGUGCGGCCAGGUGUUGAUCAAAGGCCGGCAGCUGCAGGAGCAUGCCGAGCGCUGCGGUGAAUCCCACGGAGCUGAGUCGGACUCCCAUGGCGAGGAUGAGGCGUCCCUGCUGGAGGAGCCGCAUGGGAUGGAGGAGGGGCUGCUGGAGGCGGCCGACCUGGCGUGCCCGCACUGCGGCCUGCUGUUCCAGAACGAGAGCCUGGCGCUGGAGCACGCUCUAUCCUGCCACGACCAGGAGCUGUUCCGGCCCACCAUGCUGGAGGAAGGCGGCGAGCCCGAUCACCGCCGCAAACACUUCUGUAGCAUCUGCGGCAAAGGCUUCUACCAGCGCUGCCACCUGCGCGAGCACUACACUGUCCACACCAAGGAGAAGCAGUUCACCUGCCAGACCUGUGGCAAGCAGUUCCUGCGCGAGCGCCAACUCCGCCUCCACACUGACAUGCAUAAAGGAAUGGCGCGCUACGUGUGCCCCGUGUGUGACCAGGGGACCUUCCUCAAACACGACCACGUGCGUCACAUGAUCUCCCACCUGUCAGCCGGGGAAACCAUCUGCCAGGUGUGCUUCCAGAUCUUCCCGGGUGGCGAACAGCUGGAGAAGCACAUGGAUGUCCACCUGUACAUCUGUGGCGUGUGCGGUGAGAAGUUCCGCCUGCGCAAAGACAUGCGGAGCCACUAUAACUCCAAACACACCAAGAGACUAUAACAGCGUCGCUGCCAUGUCCACGAGUCUGUUACUAAGAAGCCAUAAAUGUGAGAACAAAGAAUGCACUUGAACACCAAAAAGACUGAACUGCACUUUGAAGCCGUACGCAAACUAACCGGGCGUCACACUGCGAGCUGCGGGUCCAGCCGCGCCUUAGUGACUUCUCUCCGCUUGAGGCUUUGCGCAACAGGAAGCUGGUGGGUUGGUAGAUACCUGAGGCACACCUGAGGACAGGAAGCCUCGUGUUAGAGCUGAUUCUGAAUAAAUAGCAAACAGCAUGCCGCCUAGAAACCGACUGCUAGGUGUCCGUACAUGGAGAGCGGGAGGUGGGCAUUGGCACACAGGCUCCACCCACUGCCUGCCUCUCUCCAUGAUGACGGUGUAGUCACCGUGCGUGACAGGAAGCUUCUGUCUGCCAUAUUGGAGCUGAACUUGGUGGCGAGAGAGGCAGACCUUUUCUGGAGGGAGGUGUGUGUUUGUUUUAUAACACCAGACAAAGCAAUGCAAGCUGUUUAGAGCGCGAACAGUUGUUUUAUCCUCCAAUUCAAUUGAACUUUAUUUUACGCAAACAUACGGCACACAGUCACAACAGCAGUCGCCUCGUGGCGCUCUGUGAGAUUAACCCUUCACAAAAUUAAAGGCCAAAACGAGCCGCACAACGAAUUACACGCCAGAAAACAGAUUACGAAUAACUGAACCCAUCGUAAAAUCUGAUUGGUCGCCCAGAGCUCACGUUUCCUGUUGUUCUUUUUUUUUUAAAUGUUUAAACACGAGCUGAAACUCAAAACUGCCCUUGCGUGAUUUUCAGAGCAACGAGGCGCCAUGUUGCCUUAAAUUCCGACUCGCAGAGUGCACGGUUCAAAUCGCGGCCUCAGACUGAUGUGGUCAUGUGGCCUUCUCUGAGCUUUAAUCACAUUUCAGGUCCAAAAGUAAUCCACAGAAACCCACCAAUCAGACGACCCCUAUGAACUCACGCUUUAGCGACAUUUCUGGCUGAUUCAAAACCGUCAUUAGUUACUGAAACUGGCGCCGUCACAGGCCGGUGUGAGCUGCGGUGGUUCUGCAGCGCUCUGAGCUUCUGUUUUAAGACGUUACCUGAAACUGGCUGCAGGUCAAGACGCAGCUGCUCUGUUCUCUAAACAAACCAUGAAGGCGACGUGCCGUCAGCUGGUACCUGCACGGCCAAUCACGCUCUCAGCUGACGGCGCUGAUCGUUUUUAUAGUUAAACAAUAUUUUUAUUAAGUUAUAAUUGCAUAUAUGAUAUCUGACAGCUGUGAUGGCCAAUCAGCUGCUCGUAUCAAAGAGCAGGAAUCUCACAGUCGCGUAGAGUUGGCACCACCCUCCACCCGUUACAGCUCAGGUCUGAACGAGUCGACCGUAGCGUUUCCGUCCAAUGGGCCAAACAGAGGACUUGCGGACCUCCACGGAUCCUAGAGUUCAGGUUCAGCACGCGCACGCUCAACUGACGUCAUCACAACCUAAAAACGUUAUAGUAACCGAUUAAAAGAUUAAGUCAGUCGAAGCUCUGCCCACACCCACGGUUAGCGCUUGUGCUGCUCGCAGUGUGAUCUCCAGAGGAAAUACAAACUAGUAUGUCUGCUGAAACGGCGCCCCCUGUGGCCUGCGUGGAGAGAACUUCCUGUUUAUUGAGGGUGCACUGCCUCACGCUUGGAUGUUUCCCAGAAUACUAAAGCCUGUUACGGCUUCCUCCCUCUGUCACCGUCUCUCGCACUCUGUGAUUGGUGCCUUUACUGUAACACUCCGUCCUUCCUGUCAAACUCACGGCGAUGUGUGAGGGGCGGGCCGGCACGGAAGGUCACAACCCCCCCCUCAGACUGAACCGGCCAAUGAAAAAUCCAACAACUAAACACUAGAACCAGUCACCUCGACUCUUACCCUCAGAACUCCUGUGAUGCCUUACGAGUCUCUCGAAGUGUUCGCUCACCAGCAGUACGGGAUCGGACUGGAUCCAGCUGCUCAGAACCAACCAGUCGUUACAGGCUCGAGUAAAUCAGACUAUCAGAACCAAUCAGAAUGAGCUCCAUGAAAUGAUUCUGCGGCUGCUCGGACAAUCAGUCCUGCCCCCCUCGUCUUCUCAUCUUCUCGUCUGGCUCACAGUGAGACUGUUUCCUGUGGACUAAGACCUGAAACCAAACAAACUCCAGCUGAACUCAAACUAAUUCAACUUUCACCUAAUCAGCACUAACAGAAGUCAGGGACCUGCCCCUUUAACGCCUCACCAGUUCAGACCAGUUUAAGCCGGCUCAGGUCGGACCGGGACCGGGUGGAUCUGACCAAGGUGGCGGGUCCACCUGGUGAUCCCAGGUGUAAACGAAUGUCGUCUUAAGUAAAGCUAGCGAUGUCAGCUGUUUGUUCUUCUUCUUGGGUUGUUUUUCUGUUUGUGACCACGACUCUUAAUAAACCGAGUGAACCUGA